AUGGCAAAUAGAAUUUCCACGGAAUUAUUGAUUAUGAUUUUAAAAAAUGUUCAAUCGUCUCAUUCAACUCAAGAUUUGUAUUCAUCAUUAUUCGUUAAUCGAAUCUGGUGUAAAGUUACUAUACCAAUACUUUGGGAAUUACCUUUCGGUCAAGAAACAGUGUUUUAUGAGAAGAAAGCAUUAUGUAUUCGAACAUAUUUGUCAUGUAUGGAUACUCAAGCUAGAAAUAUACUCAUUCAAAAUGGACUUGAUUUAUCAUCAUCACCACCUCAAACCACUUUUGAUUAUCCAUCAUUCACUCAUAAAUUUAUAAUUAAUAAUUUAGUUUAUUUUAUUUCUAUAUAUUCACGAAAAAUUAUUCGUUCUUAUCCAGUUGAUAAUGAGGGAAUAUUAUUUCGUGAGAUAUUUAAAUUAAUAAAUAAACGUUGUAAAUUUAUGAUUUCUUUUAAAAUAACUGGAGUUCCCAUAAAAUUUUCUCAAGAGCUGCUAAAUUAUAGUGAUUUAAUUGGUUCGAUUCUCAAGUUACCUAGUGCCUCAAAAGUAUUUAAGAAAUUAAAAAGUUUUACUUCGAAAAUUAUAUAUAAUGAACAAAUUCGUCCAUUAUAUGAAUCAUUAGCAUUAAUUUGUGAUAAUAUUUUAAAUAUGGAUUUGUUAUUGAACUCAUAUUCUCAAGUGAAAUUAGUAGCAAAACUUAUUAGCGUCCAAAAACGAUUAGAAAAUCUAUCAAUUAACUAUAGUCAAGACUGUAAUUCAUUAUUAUGGGCUAUCAUUGGUCAAAAAGAAACAUUAAAAAGACUUCGUUUAUAUUCAGUAAAUUUUUGUCAAUUCGAGCGGAAAUCAUCACCAAUUGGACAAUUUAUUUCACUUCAAGAGCUUAGUAUUUGUAAAUGUUCUGGAUUACGUAACUCGAAUUGUUUAUUCUUGGCUUCAUCAUUUACUCAUUUAAAUAGUUUUCAUUAUACUCAUUCAUUUUAUGUAAAGACUGCAUAUCCUCAAGAAUUUAUUAUAAAAAUUCUCGAAGCAGCCAAUACAAAUUUAAAAAAUAUUUAUCUAGAUUUAUAUUCCGCAAUUACACUUGAAAUAUUUUCAACAAUUUUAAAUUAUUGUACAAGGAUUACAGAAUUAUCUUUAUAUUAUUUAAGCUCUGAACAAGUAAUAGCAAUUUUUAAUAAUAAUAUUAAUGAAUUGAGAAGAUUUUCAUUUGAUUGUGGAAAAGGAUUUGAUGUUAAUGAAUUAUUAUGUCAAAUGGCUAAAAAUGUACCUGAAUCACUUGAAACUAUUGAAUUUAGAAUGUAUCAUGCAUGGAUAUUUAAUGCUAAUAGUUUAAGAAAGUUUUUUGAAGGAUGGUGUUGUAAAGGAAGAGGAAGAAAUAAAAUGAUUAUUGUAAAACGCACACCAGCGCGACUAUUUAGAUUAAGUGAUGAACAUUACAAAGUUAUUGAAGAAUAUGGAGUUCAAUUUGCUAUAGAAGAACAAUAUUCCAAAUAA